AUGACGAAAGAAAUCGUCACGCCACCACUGCUCAAGACGCGCUCGAAGGACCCUCUCGAAAGCUCGUGGCGGAAGCACAUGAGCGAUGGCCAAUGGGUUCCAGACGUUUCAGUAAACACGUGCAUGCUCUGUCGGACUGAUUUUGGGUUUUGGAUCCGUCGUCAUCAUUGUCGUCGCUGUGGAGCGGUAAUAUGUGAUGGAUGCUCUGGUAGUCGUACCAAAUUCAUCAAUAAGGAGAUCAAUGUAAAUCAAGCAGCAGAAGAAGAUUGCCGUGUCUGUGAUGCAUGCAUUCAAGUGAUUGAUGAGAAAUUGGCUCUUGGUGUAAGUCGACGUUUUGGUAAAGGAGUGGCCACUGCAUUGGCGACCAAUGUGAGCGAUAGUCGACAGACAAAUAAUCAUGAGAUGAAAGUAUCACUUGAACCAGAAAAAGGAGGUAAUCGGACAGUGAUGACCAUGGGCAGAUACAGAGCGGAGAUUAAAGAUUCAGAAGGGAAUCGAUACAUUUGUGAUACUGAUCUAUAA